AACCAAAAUCCUCCUAUAAAAUGGUCGAACCCCGUUCUAGAAAAACAUUUUCACUAUAGUAGGAAGCUUGAUUUUGACGCUAAAACCAGUGGAAAUGGUGAACUACAUGCUAAUGAUAACCGCCGAUCUCGAGAACAUCACCAGCCUCCAGCCUCAGGGCGGUUGCGACGAUCCUUCUUUCCCUUACUUCUUCAAGGUGAAAUGUGGAAGGUGUGGAGAGUUGAGCCAGAAAGAAACAUGUGUGACCUUGAAUGAGACUGUUCCUGUUCCAGCAAGCAAGGGAACCGCUAAUCUUGUUCAGAAGUGCAAGUUUUGUGGGAGGGAGGGAACUGUGUUGAUGGUGCCUGGCAAGGGUAAGCUGCUUACCCAGGAAAUCAGUGAUAUAGGGAAAUAUGCCCCGUUGAUGAUGUUUGACUGCAGAGGCUAUGAACCUGAGGGUUUUGUAUUUGGUAGUGGGUGGAAAGCUGAGUCUGUAGUAAACUGCCGGUUCAUCCAUGCUUUCAGUUGUAGUGAGACGUGAAGCCUUGUAUCACUUUUGUUGCUGAGCUAUAAUUUUAUGCGUUUGACAUCAUUAAUUUUCAGUCUUUUGACUGGACAAGAAUGAAGGUUACCUAUUCUCUGUGAAAUAUUUAUAAACUUUUCACUUGGGAAUAAUUUGGUUUCCUAGAAGAAAAUUUUCAGAGGUAAACCUUCAAUAAUUUGGUUCCUUACAUUAUUUAUUGAUAAGGAAACAUUCCUUACAUUAUUUAUUGAUAAGGAAACAUACAAUUCUGUAUUGUAUUAGAAGGAAAUUCCAUGUCUAAUGAGCUUCAGAUGCAUCACAGCAUUAGGACUUGGAAGUAUGAGAGUUGCUCUUUGCCAUUUUUAUGCAUGUUUUUGUAAGAGUAUAUCUUGUAUGACACAAAAUAGGAUUUUUCUAUUGUGGUCAAUGCUAAAAUGUUAAAUAUUCUCAAUAUGAGAAAAUAGAUUUUGGAUUUUCUUUCUUC